AUUUUACUUCCGCAUCCGUUCGCCUGUAUAAGAAAUGCUUUCGAAGAAAUGAUACAUUAUUGGCUAUAUUCAAUUUUUUUAUCAUAAAAUUGAUCCUAACAUCAUGGUAAAUUCUAUAACUUUUUAUUGUCUGCCGAUUAGUAAAAAAUACUGUUUUGAUAAUCGCUCCGAUACUAUAAUUAUCGUAGUACGCUAUAGUUCCUUUCGUUUAUGUUGUAUAUAUUUGUUUUCUAGUAAAUAAAUGAUCAGAUCACUUACGAUCGAUCUAUCUGCUAUUGCAUUUUAUUGGAUAAAAAGUAAUUUUUAAAUGAUUAUCUAUAUAUAGAUUGCAUUUUUGAUAAUCCGAUCGUACGAAUGUGUUUUAACCGUGAUAGAUUUUAUAUCGUUUAUGCAAGGUUAGAUAAAAUUCAAGGUAAAAUCGUUAUCUCUAUGAGUAGGUCUACUACUAUUUUUCAAUGAUUUCUAUCAAAAUAUUCACUAGAUAUGCAAAUAGAUAUAUAUUCUUAAAUGUAUUAUCUGUUUACGAUACGGCUUGCAUACAUAAUCAUAACAGGAUCCAAUAAAUAUCAAUUAAUUAAAUUGAAAUUAACCUACAAUGUUUUUUAUCAACAAUCAAUCAUUCUUACAGAGCAUGAAAGUUAGUAGAUCGGACAUGGAUCAUAUUCCGGGUGGAAAUAUUCCAUACAUGGGCAAUCAAGCACACGGAGGAAUGAGUGGAAAUGGACAGAUUGUAUCACUCUCUAAUCUCCUUGAUUUGAUAUUGCAAAGAACUUACAACGAAUUGCUUAUUUUGAGUGAAAUUUUACCCAGAAAAACUGAUCUGGAAAGGAAGACAGAAAUUCUACAAUUCGCUUCCCGAUCAAGGAAUCUCUUUAUUCGACUUCUAGCACUCGUAAAAUGGGCGAAUGGUGCUUCUAAAGUAGAAAAAUGCGGCGCUAUCAUGCAGUUUCUCGAUCAACAAUCGGCUUACUUUGUUGAUAGUGCUGAUCAGUUGGCAAGAAUGGCCAGGGAAUCAUUGGUUAACGCUCGGUUACCAUCUUUUGCAUUGCCGAUUGCGGUUGAUGUUUUAACUACUGGAACUUUUAAAAGAAUGCCGACAUGUAUAAAAGAACGGAUUGUACCUGCAGAUCCAAUUACAAUGGAUGACAAAAAGAGAACUUUGCAUAGGCUAUCGCAUAUUAUAGAACAGCGCUUGGUUUCUCAGGUUUUACCAAAAAGGAUGAGACAAAUAACAUUUGAUGAUGGUAUUGUGAAAUUCAUUGUGAAUCAUGAAUUUCGGGUAUCCUUAACUUUAACCGGUGACUCUCCAACCGUACCCUGGAAAUUGUUAAAGCUAGAAUUCCUUGUUCAGGAUCCAGAGAUUGGAGCUUGUAGAUCUCUUGUUCAUCCCUUACAGAUUAACUAUCUGAAGGAUGUAGUUCAAUCUCGAUUAAUGGAUACUACAGCCCCUUUACACGAUUUAUACAAUACUUUACAUUCAUUUUGUCAAAGUUUACAAUUAGAAGUUUUAUAUUCUCAAUCAUUACGUUUGGUACAAGAUAGAUGGAAAAAUUUUGUUCAUAUUGAACAAUAUAUGCUAGGACAUAAAUUAACACUAAUCUAUUGGUGCGAAAAGAAUAGGAUGAAUUUUUCAAAAAAUGAUAAAUUGUUUAAAUUGAUGGUUCAUAUUGACGAAAAAGAUCCGUCUAAACCUUUGAAAAUUACCCAUAUUCCACCUCUUCAAGGAACUGAAUCGACCUUAGUAUCAACAGCUAUCAAAAGUGAUUAUUUAUCGAUAGACAAAUUGUUUAUUCAUAUAGUUCAUGUCAGAUCAAUCACAAAACUAAAUGAACUUAUGAGAGAAUUUACAUUAUUCGCUAGUAGUCCGUGUACCGUUAGCGGUAUACCGAUAACUUUACACGUGCCUAUGACUCCUAAUUCAACGAUAAUUGAAAAUUUAUUAGUUGGAAUCGAAGUUCUAACCGGAAAAUAUAUUGUCUCCUGUGAAGUUUUAAGUCAUUCUAGCUGUAAAAGAUUACAACAUUGCGUUAAUUCAACAACAAGAAAUGGUUUUAGCGAGAUUCUUACUGAUAUAAAAUAUGAAAUUAUACGUAAACGAUACGAAUUAGCAGCAAGAUCUUUUGGAAAAGAUUUUAUAACAAUUCUACCAGUUUAUUCUCCUGAUGAAUUAAAGUCUCACUUUACAAAAUACGCCUGUUUUGUUCCAAUUGCUAUGAACGCCCUUAGAGGGCAAUAUUAUUUGGCUGUUGAUUUUAUUGCUGUUGAUGAUAGAACUAUUAAAACGUCUUAUUUUCUUCUAAAAACAUCAAAGGAAUCAGAAGAUAGUUACUAUAUAAAAAUUGAAGAUGUAACGAAUAUUGAUGAAAUUUCAGUAAAAUAUAUGAAAAAUCGAUUCACAGCUAAAGAACCUAAAAGAAAAGCGACAGACGAUCAUGUCUUUCGGCACUACAAUACAGAAUUUGCUGAUGUUCUAUCGGAUAUUCAAGAUAGAAUACUUUUCACCGCAUUAGCCGAAGAAUUGAGGAAACGAAAUGUUCAUCAUAGUGGCGUUAUUUUAGACGAUUCUCAAACUCAUCUUACUCUUGGAGUCAAUUCAUUCCCAUCUUUGCCUGAUGUUGAUAAAGAGAGUAUGGAAUUAUUUCAGAAUAACAUUAUUCAAUGUAAAUUUCAUAUACAUAAACGGGUUAAUGAAAAAUGGCUUGUUGAGAUGACUUUUGCAAAGAAUGUUUUGAGAGAUAUUUGCAGCGAUAUGACUCACAUGGCAAAUUAUGUUCAAACUUUAUACGAUUUAUCUGACACCAUUGAGGUGGUUGCUGACUGCUUUCUCAAGGACUUAUCCUGUUUAGCCUCCCUCUACGGACCUACUCAUAAACUAGCCGUUGCGUAUAAACAAUGCCCCAGCUUGCAACAAUCUAUACAGUUCAGCAGUUUCACUUUUAAGAGACUUCAAUUCUGUUAUGGACCGUCAAAAUGUUAUUGUGCCUCUAUUAUGAAAGCGCCUAAUAGUUCUUUGAAGUUAAAUCUUGGCUGUUCUGGAUCAGCAACAUCAUCCAAUCCUCAUAUUCUAGCUGCCGUUCAUUUACAGAAAAUGUUACAGGAAACCUCCGAUUUAGUCGAAUUAGCACGUGUUCUAUCCGAUACAUGCGAAAUGUAUGCAUCAGUGUCCAAAUUGAACACUUCGUUGCACUUGGUAACAACAAGUGAAAAGCCCUCUCCAGUAUUCAGCAUUAUAGUACAAUCAACGCAACAAUUGCGAAUUAUGUAUAGAAAUAUAUUCCUUUUGGAUGUUACUGCAGCACCCAACAGCCAAGCUGUAUACGUGAGAGACGCAAAAUUACAUCAAUCGCUACUCCAAACUAUUCAAAGCAUACCUCAAUUAUAUUCCUUCCUCAACAUGUACGUCGACGAAGCAGUUUUACCGAAUCGGCGUCAUUCGGUUGCCGACGAUGAUCAUCCAAUGAGUCCUUUAAAUGACGGCAUAGCUAGAAUAUCUAAUGAUCUAACAAUACCAGGAGCAUCACCGCAGGAUCCCAAUCUUCCAGCAUCUCCAGCCCUUUUACCAAGUCCAGCCACAGCAUGGAGAACUGAAGCAAAGCCUCAAGUUAACCAAACUCAAGUCCAAGGCGGUUUAUCAACUCUCCUUUCCUAUCAAGCUCUCUCUAGGUUAAUGACGCCUGGCCCACCGCCGUCCGGUGUUAAUCCAAGUAAUACAGUGUAUUGCUCUGCUCUCGAAAGGUUUCUGGCUUGUGCUGCUCAGAGGAGGAAAAUUGCGCAAUUGAUCAAGGAAAAAUGUGGAAUACUAACUCAGUUGCAAAGUCCAGAUAGGCUAUCGACUGUUUUUAAAAGUGACUCAUUGACCUAUAAAAUAUCUUUGGAUGCCCAGCAUAUGCAGGUUUUACGCUUCCAAGUUACAAGUGAUCCCGCUAUGCCAGGUUUAGAGAGAGAUGAUGCCUUGAACUUAGAAAGAAUUUUUGAUGCGAAAGUCGCCUGCCCUCCUUAUAAAAUGUCAGUUCUCUCUUCAUUUAUAACUCUUCUUUGCGUUCCCGUCCGUAUUCUUAAGGAUCUUAUUCAUCUUAUGAAGUUGGAAUUUCAACCUAAUCACAAUCAUUUUCAUUUUAAACUUUUAUUGAGCUAUCCUGUUACUGACGCUCCUAUACAAUCACUGCCCGGUUAUCCCACGUUUAUUCUCUCUCGAGAUCGAAGAAAGUGUAUAUUUAUGAUGGAGUUUUCUCUGACCCCGGCUCAAGGUACACCUAAAGAAUUGGCAUUUGUCCUCGCCUUCGUCUACGAUGCUCAUUCGAAUAAGCUUACAAUGUUACCCCCUCAGAAUCGUCAAGCGAUUCAAACAAGGCCGAAAGUUUUAAGUAUAACAGAACAAGCCAAAACUUUGUUAGAACAAAUGAACAAUAUGCAUCCAACUCCUAGGACAGAGUGUACUUUAGCCCAAUACGUGCGAGACGUAAUGCACCAUAUUAAUAUUAACUUGGUACAGUAG